CAGCGGAAUCUUUGUCAGUAGAAUCCUAGAUUCUAGAUUCUCAGCCCAGACAGACAGACAGCCCACAGGGCCAGAGUUUGAGCCCAGGAAGGAGACACCCUGCCCGGCAUCAGAGACCCAACGACCAGGGUGGGGUUGCUGGAGAGGAAAACAAACACCCUUCUCUUCCUUCCUCCGUCGGACGCAGAAGUCUUGGGAGUGUCCGUCAGAUACACCGACCUCCACAAGGAAGUAUUUCAAAGACAGAACAACUGUUGACAUGGAUCAACGAGGGGAACCGUCACAUGGGAAGCUCUCAGAGGAGACGAUCACCAUCACAUCGACAGGAGGGCACAAACUCUCCCAGACGGGGCGCAUUCACAGCGGAGGGAGCAGUGGUUGCAGCGGCGCUGAAAGAGACCAAGAAUCCAGUCGUCCUCCGUACAAACAUGCAGUCGUGUCUCUGGGGCUGCUGUGCACUCUUCUUCUGAUCACCCUUGUGACCAUCUGUGUUCACUAUUACAAAGCCUCUUUUAGUUGCAGUUUACUGAAGACAGAAUCGCAGCUUCAGAGGGACAUCUUUGACACAGCUAGGAGCCACCUCCAGAUCCUGAAUGGCGUCUUGACCUCUUCACAAGAUGAACUUCAGCAACGAAACACCAUGAUGACUUUGACCAAGGAACAGUUGGAGAAAGACUACUUGAAGCUCAUAGCAUCCAAUCAGGAUUUACGGAGAGAGCACCAGCAAUUUACUACAUCUUACAGUCAAUUACAAGCAGAGUACAAAGAUCUCACAACUUCAAACAGCAAAUUAGAAAAAAAACAUUCAGACCAGAAUUUGUUGAUGAAUCACCUCCAAGGAGAGUUGCAGAACAUGGUCUCAGACAGAGAACAGUUAUCAAGAGAACUCUUCAACAUUAGUGGGGCUCACGCCCAUCUUAAGAGAGUUUACCUUAGGCUUGCAGAGACAAAAAACAAACUGUUUGUCGAUGUCGUUAGUCUUUCCGAAAUGAAAGCUAUUGUAAACAAAGAUCUUGUUGCCAUGGUAAGGGAGAGAGACCACCUCAAGAGGAUGCUCACUGAACUGGUCAAUUUCCUGCCUGUAGACAGACACUGUCCAAUCAGAGACCCCGUUACACAAGAGAGAGUUUGCAGUCCGUGUCUGAAAGGUUGGAAGCUCUUCUCCUCUAAGUGUUACUUCUUCUCCACUGAGAAACGGAGCUGGAGCAGGAGUCGAGUGGACUGUGUCAAACAGGGAGGCGACCUGGUCAUUAUAGACAGUCCAGAGGAACAGUGUACGCAACUUAAUACCAUUUUCUUGAGUAUUUUACAUUUAUGUCAACACCUUUCUGAUGUCUCGCUGAUACGGUGUGAACAGGACUUUGUACGCAAACACACCCCUCAGUACCACAGUCCAGCAGAGCGGUACUGGAUAGGUCUGGAUUCUCAGGAGGAUCGAGGCAUCUGGGUCUGGGUCGACAACACCCGGCUUAGUGAGGGGUACUGGCUGAACGAGUCCAGCAGUGUCCACGCAAGUCGAGAUAAAGAGUGCGUGUCCACCCUCAGAGAAACCAGCCCUGCUAGGAGCUGGAGGGAGGCGCACUGCAGGAGCAGGUUCAGGUGGAUCUGUGAGGGUCCAGCCCUCAUACUGUCAGCAUAGAUUUACAUUUACAUUUAGUCAUUUAGCAGACGCUCUUAUCCAGAGCGACUUACAGUAAGUACAGGGACAUUCCCCCGAGGCAAGUAGGGUGAAGUGCCUUGCCCAAGGACACAACGUCAUUUGGCAGAGCCGG